CUCCAGGGGGGACCAGGCAGUCUUUCGAACAGUCUACCCAGACUAUGGACUUCGUAUCGCGGGCUGCUAUCGGCGGAGCGCCGUGUGCCGUGCCCGGAGCCUCUGCCUCUGCUCUCCUCUCUGCUUCAUGCCUCCCUCUCCGGCUGUAAAGGCAGCGGAGGAACUUCAGCGGCAGCUCCGGAGCUGCGCGGCCGGCCGGGAGUCUCGGGCUGGCGGGGUGUGUUUGCGGGAGGCGGGGGAGGAUGCAGAGCAGACCGCUGGUGACCUGAACUUUCCUCCCUUCCUGGCAGCUUCGGACAGGACUUUGCACAUUCAGCAUGAUGCCCCAGUCCUCCAUCACCGGAAAACAAAGACAGACCAGUCCGACUCGGAGCCGCAGCGGGAGCGGGAACUGGCAGCGGACCCAGCGGGCAGGAUGCGGACUUUGUGCCCGGUCUGAGCGCAGCUGCGGGGAGACGAGCUGAUGCGCAGGAACAAGAGUUUGUGCUUUCUGGACGGUUUCUGGAUCCAAUGUCAAGUCCAAGGAAGCAGCAGUGCGUGAUGUGAGAGGGAGAGGAGGCUAGGAAGAGGACAUCCAGUGAGCCCUCCGUCUGUGCUCAGUGCUGUCAAAGGAGCUCUACCUGUUGGUAGAAGAGAAGAGGGGCUGAAAAUGUGAUGAACUGUACACAAUUUCCCCAGCUCUAUUAUGGACAGUGGCUGGUGAAGGAAUCACAUUGCUUAAUAAGACUAUUAUUCUUGUGUGGAGAAGCUAAGGACAAAGACUUUCCAAGGGAUUACCUUCUUCAGCAUCAGGCUUAACAUGCUGGUGUUAUUGAGCCACGAUCGAAUGAUUGUUAUGUUGGAUUUUUCAGAUCCCAAUUUCUUAUAACAAUUUUUUUCUCUGGCGUCUGUAUUUUUUUCCUGAUCUGUCUGAAAUGGAGAUACAGUGGCGUUUAUGGAGUAAGGACUGGACCUCCUUUAUAAGGCCAUGGAUACCUAUACUGUUAGGCCUUCAUCUCCAGUUCACCCGAGCCUCCAACUGUCCAGAGGAGUGUCGCUGUGAUCGUACCUUUGUUUACUGCAACGAGCGGAGCCUGACCUCAGUGCCUCUGGGAAUUGGUGAGGGUUAUAAGACCCUUUACCUCCACAACAACCAAAUCAAUAAUGCUGGGUUUCCCUUGGAGCUCCACAACGUGGCUUCAGUGGAAACUGUAUAUCUCUAUGGCAACCAGCUAGAUGAGUUUCCCAUCAACCUGCCCAAAAAUGUAAAGAUUCUCCAUCUGCAAGAGAACAACAUCCAGACAAUCUCCAGAGUGGCUCUGGCUCAGCUUCUUUGGCUGGAGGAGCUACAUUUGGAUGAUAACUCCAUUUCUACUGUGGGGGUGGAGGAGGGGGCCUUCCGUGAGGCAGUGAGCCUGAAGAUGCUCUUCCUCACCAAGAACCACCUGAGCAGUGUGCCUAUCGGUCUUCCAGACGAUUUAAAAGAGUUGCGUUUGGACGAGAACCGGAUCGCAGUUAUCGCAGAGGAAGCAUUUAGGAAUGUCACGCGCCUGCAGCGCCUCCUCUUAGAUGGGAACCUGUUGACAGAUGAAGGGAUUGCACCGGGGACCUUUCAGGACCUGGUCACCUUGAGGGAGCUGUCUCUGGCCCGCAACUCACUCACGUACCCUCCCCCGUUCCUCCCAGGGGAGGUGCUUGUUAAAUUGAACUUUCAGGAAAAUCAGAUAAACCAGAUCCCUGUGAGGGUGUUCGCGGGGUUGCACAAGCUAGAGAAGCUGGAUAUUUCCAACAACCAGCUGCAGUCGCUGACACAGGGCGUCUUCGAUGGCCUCGUCAGUCUCAGACAGCUCACUGUUCGGAACAACCUUUGGCUGUGUGACUGCAGCAUCAAAUGGGUGGUGUCAUGGCUUAAAUCUCUGCCGGCCUCCCUCAAUGUGCGUGGCUUUAUGUGCCAUAAACCUGAAAAGUAUCGGGGCAUGGUCAUCAGGGAGCUGAGUGGUGAGCUGGUCCAGUGCCCACAGAGCACAGCGGCAGCACCCCGGCCCACCUCACCAGCUGAAACCGCUCUGAUCCCAUCCCCGUCUUCAUCCACAGACUUCCCCCUCGUCACUCAGUAUGUUUCCUCCUCCUCCUCCUCCUCCUCCUGGAAAACCCUCCCUACUUUACCCACCCUCUACUCUAUCUAUUCAACGAGACAGGGAGAGUUGAGGACUAAGCAGCCUCUGGUCCCCCGGAGGGAGACUUUGCAGGUCACAUUUGCUAUACUAAAUGGCUCAGCUAUCCACGUCAGCUGGGUGACAGCCUUUCCAGUCACUGCCUACAAGGUGACCUGGGCUAGGAUGGGUCCCAGUCUGACAGGGGACACGGUAAGGGAGAGGAUAGUGGGUGGGGAUCACCGGGGCAUUCGACUGGCUAAUCUUGAGCCAAAGUCCACAUAUCGGAUCUGCGUCAUUCCCUUGGAUGCUUUCAAUAACUACCGGCCCAAAGAUGAUACGGUAUGCACCGAGGCCUUGACCACAGCUGUGUAUUUCAGCCCUGACAACAAAAGACCAUCAGGGCCCGAGCAGGCCACGCAACAGGAGCCCAGGUCGCCAUUCUUGCUGGCUGGGCUGAUCGGUGGCGCCGUGGUCGUGGUGCUGGUGUUACUCCUCAGCAUCUUCUGCUGGCACAUGCACAAGAAGAGUCGCUCCAAGUCGUCCACUGAGUGGAAAUACAACAGGGGUCGAAGAAAAGACGACUACUGCGAGGCAGGCACCAAGAAAGAUAAUUCCAUCCUGGAAAUGACUGAGACCAGUUUCCAGAUAGUCUCACUCAACAAUGAGCAGCUCCUCAAGGGAGAUUUCCACAUUCAGCCUAUUUACACCCCUAAUGGGGGCAUCGGCUUCCGAGACUGCCCCCUGGGGAACAACAGCACAGUCUACUGCAAGAACAAUGUUCAGGAUGCAGACUAUUGUCGCACAUGAUGAUUUUGGAGAGCACCAGGAGAAUUUGAUACUGAAAACUACCAGCUCUUUACUGGACACUGUACAGUGUUAAUAUUAUUUGAAGGUUCCACGUGAAAUGUAAUUUAUACAACUAGCUGGACGAUAUCUUUUUCUAUAACAUUUGUUUAUAAGUUAUUGGUUUCUGAGGUUGUGCUGUUUGAGUUUUGUGCCCACAGACAUGUGCAAUCAGGAUUCAUUUAUUAUUAUAAUUAUUAAAGCUGGGUUUCAUUUUAA